ACACUCUCAUCUAUCUCAUCAAUCUUCUCUCCUUCUCUGUCUCGUUCCUCUCUCUCACACAUUUCUUCUCUUUGUUUUGCAUUUUGUGGUGGUAAUAAUAGCUAGUAAGAACAAUUGAACAAAGAUGGUUGUUCAUUCCCAGCAAGGUGCAUUAAACGAGUUAUUCCUCAUCAAGACAUGCAAGCCCACAAACUUGUUCACAGAGGUUCCAGAGGUUGACCUCUCACACCCUGAGGCCAAAACACUCAUAGUCAAUGCCUGCAAAGAGUUUGGCUUCUUCAAGAUCAUCAACCAUGACAUUCCAAUGGAGCUGAUAUCCAAUUUGGAAAAUGAAGCCCUCAGUUUUUUCAUGCAACCACAGUCUGAAAAAGAGAAGGCAAGUCUUGAUGAUCCUUUUGGCUAUGGAAGCAAGAGAAUUGGCAAAAAUGGUGAUGUGGGUUGGGUUGAGUAUCUCCUCUUCAACACUAACCCUGAUGUCAUCUCCCCUAACCCACUUCUUCUUCUAGAGCAAAACCAGAAUGUUUUCAGCUCUGCUGUGAAUGACUACACGCUGGCAGUUAAGAACUUGAGCUGUGAAAUAUUGGAAUUAAUGGCUGAUGGGUUGGGGAUUGAACAGAGGAAUGUGUUCAGCAGGCUGAUAAGGGAUGAGAAAAGUGAUUGUAUCUUCAGGCUGAAUCACUAUCCUGCAUGUGGAGAGCUUGAGCUUCAAGCAAUUGGUGGAAGAAAUUUGAUUGGGUUUGGGGAGCACACAGACCCACAGAUGAUUUCUGUCCUGAGAUCCAACAACACUUCAGGACUGCAAAUCUGUCUCAGAGAUGGUACUUGGGUUUCAAUCCCACCUGAUCAGACUUCUUUCUUCAUCAAUGUUGGUGACUCCUUGCAGGUGAUGACCAAUGGGAGCUUCAGAAGUGUAAAGCACAGAGUGUUGAGUGACACGGCCAUGUCAAGAGUUUCAAUGAUCUACUUUGGAGGAGCACCCUUGACUGAAAAAUUAGCACCUUUGCCUUCACUCGUGUCAAAGGAAGAAGAUAGUUUGUAUAAAGAAUUCACAUGGGGAGAAUAUAAGAAAGCUGCGUACAAGUUGAGGCUGGCUGAUAACAGGCUCACUCCCUUCGAGAAAUCUGCUGGUCAAUGAGGCCACUCUGAGUCACAAACGCAAAGUGUUGAAUAAAAAUCCAUAUGUAUAAAUAUCCGGAGUGAAAUAUAAAAAUAAGGGUAUGUUUGAUAUGCUCAUUUUCUAUUUACAUGUUUAAAGAGAAAAAAUAAAAUAAAAAAUAUGUUUGACAG